AUCACGCUGCUCACCACCCUCUUCUCCUUCUCCCCGCUGCCAAUUCCCAUCCACCGCCUCCAUGGACUCCUACCACUACCACUCCACCUCUUUCUUCUACUUCAGCACAAAUGACCAAAACGCGCCUCAACAUCCCAACAACACCAUCUUAAUCCCCAUCGAGACCCCUUCCUCCAGCAACCUCCCGGCCCCCAUCCCCGUCCACCUCCCCGCCGCCGCCCUCAACGCCGCCGCCGUCAAGAUCCAGUCGGCCUUCCGCGGCCACUUGGUCCGAUCCCUGAUCGGUAAGAUCCGGGCCGUCGACGCGGAGGCCGGGCGGAUGGAGCGGUUGAUCCAGCGGCAGGAGACGGUGGACGCCGUCCGGCGGGACGAGCGGGAGCGGCUCCGGGUGAGCGAGGGCCUCAUGGCGCUCCUCCUCCGGCUGGACUCAGUGCCCGGCUUCUAUCCGGCCGUGAGGGAGCUGCGGAGGUCUGUCAGCCGCCGGAUCGUGGGACUCCAGGAGGUCCUGGACCUGAUCCUGGGAGCGCCGGCCGUCGGCGGGGAAGGGUUUCCGGCGAGCUUGGAAGAGAUCGUGGAAGGGAUGUGGAGAAGAGAGGGAAGGUGGGGCGAGGAGGAGGAGAUGGGGACGGUGGGCAAUUGGGAGAGAGGGUUUGGUUGUUUGGAGAAGCUCCUACUGGGAGUCUGAUACGAGCGCCAGACUAGCAACCUGGCAAGUAGUUGGGUGAGGUGUUUCCUUCACUAUUCGAAUUGUAUAUGUAUAUUAUAUUAUGCAUGAAGUAUGAUUAAACUACAGAAUAAAUGUAUUUUUGUUCAUGAAAAUGGAGAAGGAAAACUGAAAGCUUUUAUU